CUCGCUCUAGCCCGGCCACUACAUCGCGAGCUCGUGCAGGUGCCAGUGCCGCCCAUGGAGAUUGACCUGGACGCCGUGCGCGCGGUACGCGUGCUGGGCCGCGGCGCCAUGGGCACGGUCUUCCUCGUCGUGGACGGCGGCGGCGAGGCCUACGCGCUCAAGGUCUUCGACAAGCGCUCCCCCGCGGCGGUGUCCAGGCGGCCGCCCGCGGGCGACGCCACGCGCCGCGCGCGGUGGGAGGUGUCCGUGCUGUCCCGCCUUGCGCACCCGCACCUGCCGUCCCUGCUCGGCUGCGCCGAGACGCCCGACAUGCUGGCGUGGGCCGUGCCCUACUGCCCCGGCGGCGACCUCAACGAGCUCCGCCACGCGCAGCCCGACCGUGUGUUCUCCCCCGCGGCCAUCAGGUUCUACGUCGCCGAGGUUGUCUCCGCGCUCGCCGAGCUCCACGCCGCCGGGAUCGCGUACCGCGACCUCAAGCCCGAGAACGUCCUCCUCCGCACCGACGGCCACGUCACGUUGACCGACUUUGACCUCUCCCGCCUCCUCCCGCCCAAGUCCCCUUCCGCGUCCACGUCUACCUCGUCGUCGGGCUCGGCGACGUCGUCGCCGCCACCUCAGCUCCAGAGCCACGGCCGGAGCCAGUACCACCACCUGAAGCGCAUCUUCAAGAGGAGCGAGUCCUCGGUGGCCGCGACAACGUCCGGACAGGAGGAGCGGCACAACCAAGCCUGGUACCUGAACAGAAGCGACGGCGGGGUCGACCAGGUCAAGAAGACGAAGUCGGCGAGGGUGUUGCCGAUGGACCGCGGCAAGAAGCGCGCGAGCUUCUGCUCUGCCGCGACCGUCAGCGCGGGCGAGAGGUCGUUCUCGUUCGUGGGCACGGAGGAGUACGUGGCGCCGGAGGUGGUGCGGGGCGAUGGGCACGAGUUUGCCGUCGACUGGUGGGCGCUCGGGGUGCUCGUCUACGAGAUGGCAUACGGGAAGACGCCGUUCCGGGGCCGGAGCCGGAAGGAGACGUUCCGGAACGUGCUGCUCCGGGAGCCGGAGUUCUCCGCGGACGCGCGGCGGCGGUGGCCGGAGCUCAACGACCUCAUCUCACGUCUGCUGAAAAAAGAUCCCGGAAGGCGGCUGGGCUUCUCCGGCGGCGCUGACGAGGUCCGGUCCCACCCGUUCUUCGCCGGGGUGGCGUGGGACUUGCUCGGGGAGGUGUCCCGGCCGCCCUACAUCCCCCCGCUGGCCGAUGACAUUGUCGCCUUCGAGGGAUUCAGCUUGGUAGACUACUUUAAUAAGCUUCACCAGCCUCCACCGUCGCCGGCGGAGCAUUCGCCAGAGGCAGAGCUCUUGCCAGAGUUCUGAUGUCGGCUGUUUCACUCGAGAUUUGUUCUCCCUGUUAUUCCAUUUUGCACCCUCAAAAGGCACUAUGUAUGGUAACGAGGGGUGUAAAUGGGGGAUUCCAUUUAACGAAUAGCGGUAUCUGCGAACACUAUUUUGCCGGAGGAUAACUGAGCCAGUUCCAAGCAAACAUCGAAGGAGCCACAGCCAUGUGAGCUGCUUGAUUAAGUGUAUACAACUUGUAACUCCAAGAAAAUACACAAGAGCUGACAUUUAGCCUCCUUGUAUGACGCGCCUAAACGAAGUCUUAUCUAGAUAUCUUUGACUACCCUAAGACAGUAUUACAAAGCUCUUAGAAUGUUGCCAAGUAGAAAGCACUCAAGUACCAUUUC